UAUCCAGAAUAUAGAGUAGUGGUCGGAGACAGAGUACAACUUCCCUGUAAUAUAAGUAUUCCUUCAAAAGACGAUGUGGUCACAUUGAUUCUGUGGUAUAGGGGCGACACUACAGGCGGUCCCAUAUAUUCAGUGGACGCCCGACAACAGAUGCCUAAUAAACAAAGUCAACACUCUAUGAGCGAUGAGCUGACCAAUCGGGCGACACUUAAUAUUACGGUCAGACCAGCGAUACUGACUAUAGAUCCGGUUCGGGCCGAGGAUGAGGGCGAGUAUAGGUGUCGAGUGGACUUCCGUUGGGGCCGAACCAUGAAUACUGUUGUUAGCCUUAUUGUAAUCGAAAUUCUAAGACUCACUAAGUUAUCUGUGAGCCAAAUGAAUAAUAUAACUAAAAUUGUGAUGUUCGUCUACAUCGCA